AUGCAAACGGAGGCAAGGGAGAGCGAUCACACAGCAGCAGCAGCGGCAGCAGCAGCGUCGGCGACGGCGGCAACGGUCGCAGAAGACAGCUCAGACAACUGGGAAGUCGUCCACGUUACGCCCGCGACGGCAGAGUGCGACUUGGCGAACAUCACGACGCCACGAUGCUUCGUCCUGCACUCCACCACCGGCUUCCACACGCCGUUGCCGCUGUCUCUCCACACCGCUGCUGCUGCGGCUGCCGCGAGCGGCAUCAAUGGGGCGUUGUAUUCCGGCUCCACCGACGCCGGUGGAACGGCGUCUGCCACGCUGCCACCGCACAGCUGCACGUCUAGUUUACCCUAUCCUAGAGAUAAGACAGCUGUCGACGUUGUGCGAGAAGAGGCGGGAGCAGAGUCAGCCCAGCACGCUGAGAACUCGUGCGCCGCAGCGGAACCGAGCUCGUGUGACCUCUUCGGCGCGUAUCGCCGGGUGCGGGUUAUUCACAACACCGCGCCGUGCCUCAUCAGCUGCGCCACGGAGUUUGGAUCGCCACCACCGCCGUCGAACUGCAUCCACACCGACGGUAGCACACCUCUGGUGUCGGGGGUGCCGCCGCUGGUGCGAACUGGCUCGCCGUCUUCGCAGCCGUCCUCGUCGUCAUGCGCGCGCCAGCGAGCACAACCGCAGCCCUCUUCCUCAUCUUCUCUUCUGCAGACUUCGUUGCACUCCAUGCGGGGCUUCUUCGCAGCCCUGGGUAGCCCGCUGAGUCCCCCACUACCGGCGCAACAGGACUCCUCCGCCUUUCUUACCGCCACCGCAGCAACGGGCGCCACGGGUGGGCCAAGGGCAGCGCCGCCGUCCGCCUCUCCGCCGCUGUCGCCGCUGGCCAACGUGCAUGCCCAAUCUGCGGCUAGGCGAGUCAGCAAGGCCCCCUCCUCCCCCCGCCGCUCCCACCCCUCCUCCUCCACGCUGGCCGAGACGGUCAUCUUUAUCGAUCCGCUGGAGAUCAUCGCGGAGGCGGCCAUUUCGUUUGUGGACGUCGUCUUCGCCGCGCACGUUUCGGUAACGGGCAGCGGCACCGUGCAGUUCGUGAACUGUUGCUUCGGCCACCGCAGCACCUCGCAGCUGUGUCAGCAGUUCGUCUCCAACCCGCUGACGUCCGACACAGGCGUCAGUGCGAAGACCGACAGCGGUGCAACACGGCAGCAUGCGUGCCCCACAUCAGUCCCUGCGGGUGAUCUAAUGCAGCUAGUGACGGAGGACGUGAAUAAUGCCUGCGUGGACAGCUCGGACGACCCGGGUCAGUUAAGUGGAUGGGCGGCUCCUGUGGCAAGCGCGGUGGAUCAUGCGUCUCUCUUGUCAUCCGAGGACCAUGGCGGGAGUGGAAAUAAGCCGAGCCUCACCGACAGCAAACCGCUGGAGUGGACCUCGCCUUUGAAGAACGAGGCGGAGAGUAAUAGUGGUGUGUUUGGCCCAAACACGGGCUUUGCGCUGCCCACCACGAUGCGCAUGAUGAGCAUGCGGCAGCGCAGCUCGCUCGCCAGCAACGUGUCGGGCCCUCCCGCCCUCGCGGAGCCGCCGAAGGGCAACGCCAAUAGUAAUACGAACACGAGUAAAGGAUCACGCGCGGCUGCACCGUUGAACGCGGCGGCGUCGACGCUGGGCACGAUGGCCGGCAUCACCGACAGCGCGGCGACGAGUGUGCUGGACGUGCACGGCGGCAGCUACUGUGUGCUGAACCAGUGCGACCUCUACGGCGGUUGCGCGGGUGCCUCACUGGUGUGCCGCGACAACAGCCACAGCAGCGUGACAGACUGCUCGUUUGACGGCCCUUCCAUCACGUGGGCCGCCAUUGAAGUUCGCGACACGGCAGAGGCGACGAUACAGUACACGAACAUCAGGCAAGUGAUGGGGGUGGGCGUGUUCGUGUCCAAUCACGGACGUGCCACAGUGGACUCCUCCGUGAUUGAGCGCUGCGGCAUUGCAGGGGUGGUGGCGACGGAUUACGGCACCGUCAGCCUGCAGAACACCGGCGUGGAGGCUUCCGUCAGCGGUGUCUGCGUCUCGCUGAGCUGCUCCGCCGAGGCGCAGAUGAUCGGCUGCGGCUUCACCACCCGUUUCACGUUGCCGCGUCGUGCGGCGGGUUUGAUGCUGGUGGAGCACCUACACUCUCUCGGUGCCCUUCGCCCGGUGACGGACGCAGCCGGCACGACCAGCCCCGCCCGAGACUCCAUCUUGUCUUCUGUUGGCAGCCCGCUGCUGCAGCACGCCCUGCACGCCGACCUGGAGAGUCUGCUGUGCUUGUGGCUGCUGCACAUCGGCGCGUCGGCCGCGGCCCUCCCGACCUCCUCGCAGUCCCUCGUCCUGUGCGACCACGCCGUGGCGGUCGUGGCGGAGUGCGAGUUCACGUGCGCAAUUGGGCUGCCGCGCCGCUCGCUUCCCCCCGCGACGGCGAACGCGAAAGACGGCAACGUGGUGGGCACCCACGAUAAGGAGGAGAACGCCUCCUUCAACGGCAGUCACGCCGAUCGCAGCAACGGCGCCAUGCAGUCGCUUAGCGGCUUUCCUCCAGUUGCGGUGCAGACCGGCGGUGGUGCGGACCUCAAAGUACCCAACGCACUUGACCUAGUCGGUAGCAGCGGCAAUAACAACCCUCUCACCGUUUCUCUUUCCGGUUCUUCCGUCACGCGUCGAGUGGCCGCGGAGCCGGACGAGUCGGAGAUGCGGCGGAGUCUCACGCACGUGGCGAUGGCCAAGCUUGAAAGGGCAGAGGACGGGGUGGACGAUGAUGGUGCGCCGCGGCUGUCGGAUGCUACACCCCACGCGUCGUGCAGCUCGGUGAGGGCGUUGGCAUCAACAGGGGUCGCCGCGCGGGCCGCGUCGUCGUCGCUGCUGAGCGGGCCGGGGCGCGCUGUCCUCAGUGCCGCGACGACGAUGUCCUCCGCGUCGGCGGCGGACGACCCACGGCCGUUCCCGACCCCCACCUCGUGCGCGGGGAGCGGGUUCUCGCCGCUGCCGCUGCCGGUGCGGCGUGUCAUUGCUGGCCUGCUGAGCUCCUACGUGAUGGCGCGUGAGGUCUUCGGCGAGUACCUGGGUGAUAAGCGACGCCUACACGCCGCCGAACGCGCUGUAAAAAAUAGUGCUACGGGGGUCCCUUCACCGCUAAGUAGUUCCAAGAAGACGGACGUUGGCUCAGUAUCGAAUGCGCGGCAGUCCUUCGUCGGGGAACGGACAUGCACAGAGCUCUUCCUCUCCUUUGAGGCGCUCACCGAGAUGGACAACAAAGAGGACGACGAGGACGCCUCGGCCGUGGGACUCGGCCUCAACGGAGAGCGCUCCGCGACCAGCCGGCGGCUCAGCACCUUGUCCACCGCCGCCAUGCUGACGCUGCAGCAAAGCCUACACCAGCUGGGCUGUCUUCCUGUGCUGAUGGCACCGAAUGGUGGGGUGUACCACAUUGUCGCGUCGAACCAAGCCUCCCUCGUGCUGACCUCCUCCGUGCUGAGCCUGGCCCUGCCGCCGCAGCUGAUGGUCACGUUGCCGAGUGCGUGGGCGUCGGCAGCCAGCUAUUACGUGAGGGGGGCGGACGCCUUCCCCCCCACCAUCCGCACCACCGCCGCGCCGCUGGUGGCGGCCGUGUUAGACUACCACGAACCGGAUGGCGUCUCCCCGCACGCGGAUCGCCACGAGCGAGACAGAGCAGCGCGGCAGCGGAAAAACGCGAAGGAGCCGCAGGAGCGGGUGAAUCCGUUCUGCUCCAUUUACACCCGGUCGAAUGUCAUUCAGUACGAGUGCGUGUCCAUGACGAGCGCGCAGGCCGGCUUCACGAGGCAGGUCCCGCCACACGGCUCGCAAGCCCCCUCCGCCCGUGCUGCGGGUGGGGCAUCACAGCAGCAGCAGCAGCAGGAGGAGGAUGCGGAGGUGGGCAAGAACGCCGCUGUCGACGCGAGCAGCCGUCAUGGUAACACAAUAGGUGCACGGAACGAGAGCGGUGACGCGGAGGACGCAGAGGCAGUGGCGGCUGCCACUCAGCCGCAUUCCGCACUCGUCGGGGGUCCUAGCGGCGGCGGCGACCACAACGAUGGUUGGCCAACAAGAAGGAGCGCAACCGACGCGGCGGGAGUGGCGGAGGACGCUGGAAAGUCCCCACCACCGCUAAGUCCGCCCACUGCGUCGUCCAGCGCGGUCCAAUACCCCCUCCCACACGCGCCAAUGCAGCGGCAGUCGCCGGACCCCCACGGCGCACCGCCGGCCUCCGUUGAGUUCAACACCGCAGCGUGGGGCCUGGUGCUCAUCACCCCGCAGGCUGCUCGCCACUCCGAAGCGCUGGACAAGGCGGUGCGAAUGCAAGCAGAGCACUGGUGUAGAGUGGAGCAGACCGCCUCAGCCUCGACCACCGCCGCCGCCACACCCGCUACCGUCGGAGAAGGACCACUGCAGAUACCGGCACCGCUGUGGAGGUCCAAUUCGAAGGGGGCAGGGCGGCCGUCGUCGCCGGCAAGUACAAGCGCACCUGUGCUCACUGCCGGCACCACGGCGGACACGCAAGAGACGGCCUCCACGUCGAGCGCGCAGGUGCAUCGCCUGGGAAACAUAUUCUUAAACAUGGCGAACCCAGCGGAGCUGCUCAGCGUCACACACCCGGAGCACAUCUGCUCGGCUUUCCCUACCUUUGCCAACGUGAUGGAGCUGCCGGCGGCGCAGCACUACCCGGUGUAUCCCGCGCAGGGGCCGCCCUCGUCUAACACGGCGCAGCGAGCAGCGUCGUCCCAUCACGGCACGAACGCCACGAUGGCGACGGCGGCCAUCUCCAGUCCCGUGAACGUUCCCGCGACGACGGAUUUUGUGGGGGGCGUCCAUCGUCACCCAAGUGAGGUGGGACGCACCACGACGACAGCAGCAGCAAACGACUUUCAUUCCCCCACCGCCUCUGCCGUGCCCGGCACGCCGCAGGGUGAGCGGGAGAUGGGGCGCUUGCAUGUCAACGCCGAUAUGCAGCGGCAGAUGCUGCUCGACGACGUUGACGCACCGCCGUUUCUCGCUGCUGCUGCCGCGGCGGCAGGGUGCGACGAGGCGAGCGGCGGCGCGCCGAACACGCAAAGUCCGACGCACGUAGUCGCCGGCCGUGUGUCGCAGCCAGCUGAACGAACGAAGGUUGGUGUGUCUCACUUCUCGUCCACGGUGCCGCCGUCGUCAAAUCGCUCCUCGGCCAUGCAGGAACGCACCGCCUCUGCCGUCACCGCCACCGUGACCAAAUCGAACCCGCUAUCGAUGGGUGAGGGCGAGGAGGAAGAGGAGCGGGAGGGGUCACGGUCGAUGAAAAUCACAAAGUUUAACGGGCCCAACGCACAGACCUCGGCGCACAGAAGCAACCUCAGCAGCCGCGCCUCGUCGCAGCGCGGCCGUCUUCACUUCCCCGAGUUUCCUGCGGGUAGUGGCAGUGACACGGACGAUUUCGCCCUGUUGCCGACGGACACGGGUGCGAUCCAACCCCCCUCAUCGCCGCAACUGAGUAUUCUAGAUGUUGAGAGCGUCGGGUCCUCCUCCACCUCCUCGUCACGCAGUACCAGUAGUAGGAGCAGCAGAAAUGACGGCGAUAGCAACGGCGGUGGUGGGGGUCAGGGCAGCAAUCCGGACAGCGGGGACCGUCGUCAACCGGAGAAGCGUCCAAAAUGGACGUUACGGCGCGAACGGAGCGCCAGCAACUCGCAUGACGCUGCGGAGGUGACGAGCGCUUCAGAAGGCGGGAAACAAAUGGGAGGGAAAGAAGCGACGGCGUCGCAUCGAGAAGCGCAACGGAGGGCGCGGCCGUGUACCAUGCGUUCAGACCCAAGCUUCAAUGCGGGGUCUGAGAAUGGGGAGGGUGACGCAUCCCAGUCGGAGUCGUCCAGCGGCAGCGGCAGUGAGGCACCAGGCGAAAAGAACGAGGACGUAGCGGAGGUCAAGAAACAACGCUAUCACAACAAAGCCAAAGCCCCCACCGCAAGUCCACACCCUCCGCCGCACUCCACGGCACGGCGGCCAUCAGCGUCCUUGUCGAAGAGCGCGUUGCAGCCGCAGUCGAUGCUCCCGCUGCCGGUCUUCCAGCGCUCCCCGUCAAAGCCAGAGCUGAACAGCUUCGCUCGCCCGUCGCGGGGCGGCCCCCCACUUGUGGACCGCGCGGAGUCGCUUCAUUCCUCCCCCUCGUCGAAGUCUCGGCUUGGCACCGUCUCCUCCUUGUCCUCGUACUCCUCCAAGCACGACCGCCACGACAGCCGACACCGGCUGCGACAGCGUCGCAUCCCGCGGGCGACGGUGCAGUCGUCGUUUUCACCAAGCGAGACGCCUCCACGCGGGAGUCCGACCACAUCAAAUACCACGUCCAGCAGCCACCUCCAUCACAAUCCACUGAAGGAGGAGAGGGGAGCUGUGGAGGCUGCGGCGACUGCUGCGACGGCGGCGGAGCGCCCCGUGGCGCUGGGGGCGGCGAUGGAGCGCAUGGCGCAGCUGGAGGACCAAUUACUGCAGAUGCAGCGCAUCUUGAUGCAGCAGCAGACACAGGUGUCGCAGAUGCACUCCGCCAUCCUGCAGUCGUCCGGCUCGCAGCCGGAGAUGGGCACCUUCGACACGCAGUCCUCGCUGUUCGCCCUGCCCUUCACCGCAAAAACGCCCAUCGACGCGGCAGGGCAGGCGUGGGUGACGGCGAGGGACAGCCGGCGCACGCAGAGCGACAGCAACUGGAACAGCUUCAGCAACAGCAAGUUGCAGCAGCCUGCCACGCCGCACCGGACGCCGAACACGUUUGCACCGCACACACUCUCGCUUCACAUCACAGCGGCCGAGACGGCACCGGUGGAUGAGGAGACAAAGCAAAAUGCCGGCGGUAAGACACCCGCCGUGCCGCCCCCCGCCCCACCCCCACGGCAGCCACUGCACCACUCGGAAAGAGCAGAAAACGAGGAGGGCAAGCUGCUUACCGCAGCAGAAGACAACGGCACCGCCGCCGCACCGGCUUCGUCGGGAAAAGCCGCAAAAAGCAGCAGCAGCAACAGCAGCAGCAACAACCAGUCGAACAAGAGCGUGGCCACGACGUCGACGAGCGCCCGGGCGCCCAACACACCCCAGCACCCACUGAAUCCCCCGACAGAGGCGACUCCUCCGCAGAUGACGCCCACUGCAGCAGCAGCAGCCGUUGUAGUGAUGGACCCCUCUCCGCCGCGGUCACCGCCGCCGAAUUUAACGCAGGUGCCGCCGCUGCGGGCCCGCGUGCGACGGCCCUCGACCGGCACCACCGUUGACCUCUUCCUCCUCGCCGCCGCCCAGCACAGCCGCCUCGGCACACUGGCGGCGGCCCAAGGGGCGGCUGGGGAGACGGUUGAGGGUGCGAACCUCACGGGGUACAACAACAAUGUCAACAACACCAUAAUACAGUCGUUGAGUGCACCCCAGUACAGCACAGGGGCGGAGGACGUGGAUGAGGACGCGGCGGCCGACGAGGAGGAGGAGGAGCGGCGGUGGGAGGAGGAGCUGCUCCGCCGCCUGCAGACCAUCCAUCGCGGCAACACCGGCGCCGACGGCCGCGGCCGUGGUGAGCGUUGGCGGGAGCGUUUUCCGUUUCCGACGUCUGCCCGUUCGAUGGCUGCUGCUGGUGGAGGGCCGUCCGCUUCCAAUGCAGGCCGUCGCGAUCACGCAGGGGAGGCGGCGAUCGGUGAGGGAGAAAAUGGAGCGAAGGACGAUGCGCAAGAAGAGGAGAUGCAUGAUGGCGUCUUCGCGGACCACGACGCCCUGCCGGCGCACCACCCCAGCAGUCCCACGGUGGCCUACGAGCCGUGGCGAACCACGGUAGCCACGGGAACCCGCUACGCGCACCGGCCGCCGCCGCACCCCUACUGCGCCCCGCAUCCCUCCUCUUCCGCCCGCGCCGCCGUUGCUGCCGUCAACAACAACGUGUCGCCAGAUCGGGUGGAUGGAAAUGGCGAUGCGGGCGAGCAGCCGCCCCUGCGCUGGCGUGAACCGGCGCCCCCGCCUGCGCUGCACACGCCGUGGGACACCGCCGGCACCUACGCGUCCUCCUCGUCGCCUCGGUCGCCACGCGCACCUCGCCCGCACCGGCCGAACUCCACCCUUGUACCCCCAACAGCCUACGCCGAGACGGCCAACGCCGCGCCGCUCUCCCCCACCGUCUUCUUCUCGCCCCUCCGCGCCUCCAACGCGCCGACGGCCACGACGACGAUGACGUCGCCCACCGCGUACGGUGCUGGCGGCUGCGGCCCUCCUGGGCUUUACCUGUGUGGCCGUCGCCGCAGCGGUCACCCACGCAGCCCCACGCAGCCCGCAUCACCUCCACACCUGCAACAACCGCCGCCAUCGCAGCAGCAGCGCACGACCCCGGCCACGCCCCAUCUCCCCCCCUCAAGUCGCAUCGCUCACCUGCACGAGGAUUACAUACACGACCAGUACGCACGUGCCGCGUGGGACGCCGUGUUGACGCAGUCGCGUGCGCGGGAGCGGGAGGGGCAGCGGCUGACCUCACUCCGGCAGUCUGGGCAGGUGCACCGCCUUUAUACCGGACCGGUGCGAGAGCGGGUGUACCGUGCCUCUGUCCAGGCACGGCCGUCGCGCGAGCAGCUCUACCGCCGGCACGGAUGCACCUUCACGCCAAAGAUUAAUCAGGCGCAGAAUGGGCCGCGUCGUACAACGCUGCAGAAUGGCACGCCUCGUGGGCCGCGCAACCGUCCGCAGCGUGGCGCCGGUUCGCCCAUCACCCCUGCGCCGGUGUCUUCCGCGCUGCCGUCGCACAACACGACGAUGACAUGUGAUGAUACCACGUCGUCGAUUAACACGCAACGCUCCCAUGCCAGUCAGCGUGGUCGGCCGCCGCCGAGGUGA